ACUUCAAAGUCAUGAAGGGAGUAGUGAGCACAUAAGUUGCAUGAGAAGUUAGAUUGAAUUGGAAAUGAGAUUGCGUAGUAUUGAAACAAUUGAUAAAAGUGUACAAGAAAUAUUAAACAAAGAGAGAGAACAUUGGAGACAAGUAUUAUUAAGAAUAGUUGCUGUUGUAAAAACACUUGCUAAAAAUGGUUUAGCAUUUCGUGGGGAUAAUGAGAAGAUUUAUCAAGAGAACAAUGGAAAUUUUUUAAGUUUAAUUGAAAUGAUUGCCGAAUUUGAUCCGGUAAUGAAAGAGCAUAUUCGACGUUAUCAAAGUGGUGAAUCUCAUAAGCAUUAUCUCAGUCAUAAAAUUCAAAAUGAACUGAUAGGAAUGUUAGCGGGAGAGAUUAAACAUACAAUGAUCAAAAUAAUUAAAGAAGCAAAAUAUUUUGCUGUUAUACUAGAUUGUACUCCAGAUAUAAGCCAUGAAGAACAAAUGACUCUUAUAAUAAGAUGUGUGGAUGUUUCAGAAAGUCCAGUAAAGGUAGAAGAGUUCUUUCUAGAAUUUCUUAAGGUCGACGAUACGUCAGGACUAGGACUUUUUAGCGAACUUGAAGAUGUAUUGAAGAUUCUGGAACUUGACAUUUCUAAUGUAAGAGGACAAGGGUAUGACAAUGGAUCUAAUAUGAAAGGAAAAAAUAAAGGUGUGCAGAAAAGACUCCUCGAAGUAAAUCCUAGAGCAUUCUAUACUCCAUGUGGUUGUCAUAGUCUUAACCUCGCACUUUGUGAUAUGGCAAACUCUUGUCCGAAAGCUAUAUCUUUUUUUGGAGUGAUACAACGUUUAUAUACUUUGUUUUCAUCUUCUACUAAGCGGUGGGAUAUUUUCAAAGAACAUGUUUCUGGUCUAACACUUAAGCCAUUGUCACAAACACGGUGGGAAAGUCAUGUUGAAAGUGUAAGAGCAGUAAGAUUUCAAACUACAGAAAUAAGAGAUGCUUUAAUUCACUUGGCAAGUAUCGAUGGAGAUCCAAAAAUAAAGAGUGAAGCUGAGUCCUUAGCAACAAAUGAAAUGGAGAAUCUUGAGUUCUUAUUGGGUAUGAUUGUUUGGCAUAAUUUAUUAUUUGCUGUUAAUUCUGUUAGCAAGUUUUUGCAAAAGGAAGACAUGCAAAUUGAUAUUGCUAUAGAUCAAUUGAAUGGGCUAAUAUUAUUUUUUGAAAAGUACAGAGAAAAUGGAUUUAAUGAGGCCAUUACUGAAGCUAAAAAUGUUGCAUCUGAAAUGAAAAUUAAAGCUGUAUUUCGUGAAAAGCGUAUCAUUCGCAGGAAGAGACAAUUUGAUGAAAGUGGUACCGAAGAGACAAUAUUAUCUCCUGAAGAAUCAUUUAGAGUUAAAUACUUUCUAUAUAUAGUGGAUCAAGCUAUUUCUUCUCUUAAGAGUAGGUUUGAACAAUUUCGGCAUUAUGGUUGCCUCUGCAGAAAGAAGCUUUUCAAAGUUAAAAUUGAUCAAAUCUUAUCUUCGAUCAACUAUGUCACAAGAAAGAUUGAAUGGCUUAGCUUUAUUGUCAAUUGA